GUGCCUCUGUAACCCUCAAGGACUAAUGGAUUCAUUGGCACAGACCUGGGGUGCAGAACAGAUCUUACUUUGCAACUGAAACUAGCUUCUGACCAACUUACAAUGUCAACAUGACUGCUAGAGCUGUCUAGGAGAGAAUGUAAUGCAAAGCUCUCACUUGUGAUUUUGUCAUUCAUAUCUAAAGUCAGAAGAGAGAAGGCCCAACUCUGGACCUGUUAAGUGGAUGAAUUACUUGCAGCCCUGAACUGAUGAAUGUGUUCUUCUGAGGCCCAUCAAAAGGAGUUCCUGUCUUAUAACAUGUCAUAAAACUUAUAUUUGGAGGAGAUAACUGAAAAGUUACCAAACACUGGAGGUUUUGGAUAUUCAGAAGUCUUUUAUGGAUUUUGAAAGGAAUUGUGGGAGGCGCCUCAGUGAAGAAAUGGACCAGUGUGUAUAAUCAUGGAAUCUCCUUGCUGACAAUCACCACCUGCUCUCCUUGAUACGUGAGAGAGAGUAGUCAGGGGAGAAGGAAAAGAGGUCAACAUGAAGCUAAAGCAGCGAGUCGUGCUGUUAGCAAUUCUCCUUGUCAUCUUUAUCUUCACCAAAGUUUUCCUGAUUGACAACUUAGAUACAUCAGCUGCCAACCGGGAGGACCAGAGGGCCUUUCACCGAAUGAUGGCUGGCUUGAGGGUAGAGCUGGUGCCCAAGCUGGACCACACCUUGCAGUCUCCCUGGGAGAUUGCAGCUCAGUGGGUGGUUCCCCGGGAAGUGUACCCUGAAGAGACACCAGAGCUGGGGGCAAUCAUGCAUGCCAUGGCCACCAAGAAAAUCAUUAAAGCUGAUGUGGGUUAUAAAGGGACCCAACUGAAAGCCUUACUGAUACUUGAAGGAGGACAGAAAGUUGUCUUCAAACCUAAGCGGUAUAACCGAGACUAUGUGGUAGAAGGGGAACCCUAUGCUGGUUAUGAUAGACACAAUGCAGAGGUAGCAGCCUUUCAUUUGGACAGGAUUCUGGGUUUCCGCCGAGCCCCCUUGGUGGUUGGCAGAUUUGUUAAUCUGCGGACAGAGAUCAAGCCUGUUGCCACGGAGCAGCUCUUGAGCACCUUCCUAACAGUAGGAAAUAAUACUUGUUUCUAUGGGAAGUGUUAUUACUGCCGAGAAACAGAGCCAGCCUGUGCUGAUGGAGACACAAUGGAGGGGUCUGUCACGCUUUGGCUUCCAGAUGUGUGGCCUCUACAGAAACACCGACACCCAUGGGGCAGGACUUACCGAGAGGGCAAAUUGGCCAGGUGGGAGUAUGAUGAGAGCUACUGUGAUGCUGUGAAGAAAACGUCCCCUUAUGACUCCGGCCCGCGCCUCUUGGACAUCAUUGAUACAGCUGUCUUUGAUUACCUGAUUGGCAAUGCUGACCGCCACCACUACGAGAGUUUUCAAGACGAUGAAGGCGCUAGUAUGCUCAUCCUUCUCGAUAAUGCCAAAAGCUUUGGGAACCCCUCGUUGGAUGAGAGAAGCAUCCUGGCCCCUCUCUAUCAGUGCUGCAUCAUUCGGGUUUCUACAUGGAAUAGGCUAAACUCCUUGAAGAGUGGUGUACUGAAGUCUGCCUUAAAAUCUGCCAUGGCCCACGACCCCAUCUCCCCAGUGCUCUCCGAUCCUCACCUGGACGCUGUGGACCAGCGGCUCCUGAGUGUCCUUGCCACCGUGAAGCAGUGCACUGACCAGUUUGGGAUGGAUACUGUGCUGGUGGAAGACAGGAUGCCUCUCUCCCACUUGUAAUUCUCCACAAAAUAAGUGAAACUUCUUUUUACAAAGAUAGAGAAACAGCACAAUCAAUUCCGAAUGGUAUGAGAUGGAUUGGAAAUGGCCAGCAGCACGUUCUGGUGAUAGAGGGCAGGGUGGCCUUGGAUUUCUUUGGUGUUUGCUGUAGUAGAAGCUAAAGCAAAGACUACAAGUUUCAGACCAUGGAACUGUACGUGCUGAACCACCUUCUGACUUCCUCAGCAUUUGCCCAUUCUAGCAGCUGGUCAGUCUUAAUUCUCAUGCCAAAGGACAAAUAGAUGUGUGACGUUUGAAUUGGUUAAUGCUGGGGUUGGUUCUGGAGUGUGUAUUUUGAGUUCAUCCUUAGUCCUUUCUCCACACUUGUGGAUUUUCCAAAAACACAUUGCAAUCUCUUGAGUCCUUUUUCACCAGGACUAGUCAAAUUGGGAAUUUUACUGCUUCUUGAGGAGUGGCAGCAAGUAACCUGGCAUUCUGUUGAGCCAAAGUAGUAUGCUCUGUUGGAGGAAGUAUGUUUUUAAGAUAGAAUUAGAGGGAAGGACAAAAGCAGGGAAGAUGUUUGGGCUUUUAAGUGAGUAUGUGGUAGUGCUUUUGAUGAUUCUUAAAGGAGGGAAGAAGAGAGAGAGACCUACUUGGUAGAACCAGUAUCAAGGAGGUGAUUGAAUUAGUGAAAAACAGGUUCCCCUGUAUUUAAGUUCUUAACGUAUAUAAAAUCAAACAUGACUUGGACCUAAGUAUGAUUUGCAUUCUCAUAAUUGUGUCCAAAUUAAUCAAAAAAAUUGUCCCUAGAGAAUCUACCAUUACAACCCAAGCACAAUUCUGUUAUGUGGAGACUUUUUUUCCCUUUGCCUAUAACAGGCAAGUCUUUUGCACAUUAACAAAGCAAACUGAAAUAACAGCUUGAAUAAAAGUUAGGUUGCCGGUGAUCUGUCAUCCUGAUUUCUAAAAUGAAUUUCCACUUCUGUCCUCAAGGCAUUUGAUCAUUAAAGCUGCUGUUCCCAAGAGAUUGGCGAUCCUAUUUAUGCCUUUCUUGUGAGAAAAGCCAGCUUGCUCCUACAGAUAAUAUAGUUCAGAUCCUGCUGGUGGCCUGAGCUGUCUUGUGAUUUGGGCCAUGUGGAAGGCUGGAAACAAAGAUUUUGAGCCUUCUGAGCCUUAAAAUUAAGGUGGUUACCAGAAAGAGCCUUAAGAUUCUGAUUUAUGUCAAACCCUAAUUUCAUCAUUUAAUCUUGUUUGGAGUUCUGAACCCACAAUGUAGUAUCGUCCUUCCAUCUCCUAUUAGCACUUUCAAAUUUCAAGUUGCUAAAACAGGCUUAGCUCCGUGUUCUGGCAAAGUGAUUUUGGCAUGUAAGCAGUUGCAUUAAAAUACAGGGCAGAGGAGACUAGGCCUGGUGUGCCCACUCAUGUGUCCUCAGAGGUGGGUGCUUCUCUCCUGCAUUUUGUCUGGGGACUGUUCUAGUUUUGACUUCUGUGAAGCAGAGACUAACAUUUAAACAGUGUGGUUGAACAAAUUUACGGUCAGCCAUUGGAGACCACCCUUUCAAAAACAGUUUAGAAUUUAUGCCCCAAUUUUUUCAAAUUGAAAGAUAAUGGAGUACUCUGUAACACUUCAGAGUAACAUGAAAUUAGGAUACUUUUGUACUUAGUAUGUACAUUUGGAGAUGUGCACAGAAUGAGCUGAGUUAUUUUUAGAAAGGUAUUGAAUUUAAGAAGACAGAUGUUAGCACAAAACACUGAGCUAGUGUUAACAAAAGGAGGCAUUGAUUCCAAUUUUAAAGCCAUUUACUGUGUGCAUCCAGGGAAGUUCACAUUUGAGCCUGAGAAUCCCUUGGAUGGUGCUUACCUCAAAGCAUCAGGGAGCCAGCUGGAAGGACAGUGGGAAGGAAGUCAGCGCUGCUCUAGCUGGUAAAUGUUGGUUGAACUAAAUUCUUUCAAACAUGUGAUAUCUGCAGUAUGCCCCAGUGAAAUGAAUAAGAGCUGUUCUCAAACUGAGAACUUUAUUCAUAAUGCUGAAGGCAGAUUCUGCUAAGGAAAAAAGGAGGGAAAGCUGCUUUGAAAAUGUCUCAUUCUUUUUUUCCAAACAUUGCAGAAAAUGUAUAAUUUAAUUCUUUCCCUAUUUUAAAAUUCAUGAUCUUAAAAGGUGUUCAGAUGUAUAGUGGUUAAAGUUAGAAUUAUGCUAAUAGAGUGGUGUGAACUGAUGCUUAGAAUAUAAAUUUAUGUUCUAAGUCAGGAUUGGAUUAAACUGGAAAAGUAUUGUUUAGGUGAAUCUUGGAGAAAACCAACCAUAAGCUUAUAGCUCUAAAAUUCAUAAACACUAAAUUCUGUUUCAAAAAAGAGGUGAAUAUCUUUUUCUUUAAAGUUUUGUAGCACAGUCCUCCUCAUGGUUUACCUUUUAGAAUUGAGAACUAUUACAGUCAAACAGGUCAUUGGGAGGCUUGUGGUCAGUCCUAAGUUGGGUACACCUAGCUAACAUCUAAAGGCAGAUGUGGAUACAUUUUAAUAUUAUCAAACUGAGAAAAUCAGAACUGAGUACCAUUUCCUGCCCUCUUCCUUCCACUUAAAUAUUGAUAUAUUUAUUCCAGAGUUUGGGGGAAUAUGGGUAUAGAGGUUUCAUUCUAAAAUUGUCCUUUAAUGUGAAGCUAUGUUGUGGGUCUGGGGGUAAAUAAUUUUCUCUGCAAAACAGAUGAAUAGAUGGGAUCUGAUUUACUCAGAGUAUUGCUCAGUAAUUUAUUAGUAAGGCAUCUCUCCCUAUUUUCACUCAGGAUUAAUAUGUCAAAUGAAAUUUAAUAAGGAAAUGGGAGAAUUCAGGUACUUUCUGUUAUAUGGGGAAAGAUGAAUCCUAUAUAUGGCAAAAUUUCAGUGUCACAUGAAGGCAACAUGUUCUUCCAAAGAAAUCUAUCUUUUCCUUUUUUUUUUUAAAAAAAAAAAGGCUUUUGGCCUUCCCCUUCCAUCCACCAUGUUCCUUCACCCUCCCAUCUCCACGGCUUCCAUAUUCUUGUCUGACCAGCACCUGACCACACCUCAAAUGAUGGGAAACAGCAUCUGUCCGUGAGCUGUCUUGUGUGAGUCAUUUUGUGAGCUUGGGCUUCAGGAAACAUGAGUCAAGGUAUAUGUAUGUAUGUAGUCAUACCUAUAUUCUAACAAGAAAAAAAUGUAUGUAUUUCGACACAGGGAAACACUGAUGCUGAAGAACCUGAAGCUAGGAAAAGGUUCUCUUAGUCUCUGGAGCAUGAACCUAAAUGACAUAAAGAUAUCCAUUCAGCAGACACCUACUGUGCUAGCCAGGGCCGGCUCCCGAGGCGAAUAGACCAGCCUCGUGAGACUGCUGUACAGGCAAAGGCCGGUUUUCCUCUCUUCGACUCCUCAAGUCUGGGUUGAAAAGGUGGGGCUGGGUGCUAUACUGCCACAGGUUUUUAAAGAACUAAGGUGUUACUCAAAAAUACAAAAUGUUUGGGGGCGGGGGGGACUGGGAAUAACUGACUGGGAAGUUAAGUUAUUUGCUUCAAAGAGAGGUGUAGGAACCACUACCCUCCAUUUUGAUCUGCCAGGGAUUUCCUCUCAGAGCUGUUGCACAAAUAGAGGUUGUGCUUGGUAAGACACCAAACAAGACAGAUAUGCACCUAAAUUUCUAAUGUGUUCAGUGGGUUUCAAUUCUGAAAAAAAGGAAAUGAAUAAAGAUUUUAA